UCAUUUACAGGUCGCCGCUUCAAUUUUGAAGUUUUGAUGGCUUCGACCGGUUUUUUUAUGUCGUUACUUACAAUCUGUUGGCUCUGACAACAUCAUUCUGCUUCAUAUGCUUCAAUAAGCUAUAGUUUGCUUAUAUACAAAUACACAGCUUCGACGCCGGUGAACGUCGUGACUUGUUAAGGAAGCGGGGAGAAUGGAAUUUAACCUGUUGCCGGAAGAUUGUGUUUCUCACAUUUUAUCCCUCACAUCUCCCAGAGAUGCGUGUAGGUACUGUCUUGUGUCAACAGCUCUUCGCUCUGCAGCCCAAUCGAAUGUCGUGUGGGAGAAUUUUCUGCCAUCCGAUUUUCAGGAAAUUCUUUGGAUGUCCGUUUCUCCUGUGUCGUUCUUGUCCAAGAAGGAGCUUUACUUUAGCCUCUGUAGUCCAAUUCUCGUCGACGGGGGUAGAAAGGUUUUCUCAUUGGAUAAGUUUACUGGUAAGAAGUGCUACAUGUUAUGCGCCAGGGAGCUUUCAAUUACAUGGGGGAGUGAUCCCAUGUACUGGACGUGGAAGCCUCUAUCUGAAUCAAGAUUUGCAGAGGUAGCGGAGCUCAGGAGCAUAUGGUGGCUAGAAAUCCAUGGGAAGAUCAACAGUCGCAUGCUGUCCCCCAAAACAACCUACGCAGCGUAUCUCGUCGUGAAAUUUGCCGACCGUGCCUACGGGUUAGAUUCACUACCGUCAGAGCUGUCGGUGGAAGUCGGAAGCCAUCAAUCGAGGGCGAAAGCUUAUCUCCGUUGCCACGACAAUCGGAAGGAAUCGUUGGAGCGUCUUUACUAUUCGAAUCGGAUACAAGUGUUGGGGGCAAGAGUGGAACAGGGGGAGGAGCGACUCCCCUGCGAGAGGAGCGAUGGGUGGAUGGAGGUUGAAUUGGGGGAUUUCUUCACUGACGGAUGCGAUGGAGAAGUGAAGAUGAGUCUGACGGAGGUGAAGGGUUAUCACCUCAAAGGAGGCCUCAUCGUUGAAGGAAUUGAAGUCAGGCCUAAAGUGUAAAGGCCGCGUUGUGGUUGCUGAAUGCUGUGGCCUAAAGUGUAAAGUCAUUCAUUCCAGUGUUCUGCAACUUCCAUGUUUGUACAGAAUUUCGAUAUUACCAAUGCGUAAUCCUUUUUUUUUGUGUUAAUUACUUAAAACUCCGCUUUAGUAAUGACUUCGACCUCCCUCGUUGGGUGGUUCUUGUGAGUU